UCUCUCUCUCUCUCUCUCUCUCUCUCUCACAUGAUAAAUGCCUUUCAUUUGGUUCGUGAGUCUUCAAGAAAAGUAGUAGAGAAGGAAGAUGGCCGUUAUUGAAGUUUCAAACAUUUGCAGUUCUGUUAGAUAAUUCGGACGUCGAACAGCCAUCCACAGAGAGCUUGAACUUCAGAAGAAAAGGAUGUUACAGGACGUGAUUCAUCCACCGGAACAGCUUCCAAUUGUACAUGAAAGCCUGUCCAGCCCCAUCUCAUCGGUCCAGAUCCUGGACUUCUGCGAUAAUGUCUUCUUUCCAGAAUCCCUCCGGAGCUCCGAAGUCUCUUCCUGCUCCGGAGGCGCCGGAGGCUGCUGCUACGACGACAACUCCUACACCACAGACCUCUCCUUCUCAUCCUUCCCACCUGACGUCGCGAAUUUCAACGACGCCACCAUCUCCAUCCUCCUCGACUCCCCUCUCGAAGCCGAACCCGAAAUCCCCACCACCUUGAAUUUCCCUUCUCCAUUCUCCAUUCCUCCCGUCAUCACAUCAAACCAACACGAACAAUUCGAUAUCUCUUCCUUACAGUCCCAAAUUCCGUUAACGGACGUCAGCAAUGUUAACGGCUUCUCACCGUAUUCGCCCGACUCCGUUGCAGCGCUUCCAGCGCCUCAGCUGUUGCCGUCUGUGUUCGAAGAAGACUGUUUAUGUCCCACGCAGUCUUAUGGGUGUUUAGAUCCGACGUCGCCGUCAUCGCCUUCGUUUCUAGAUACUUCUGGAAUGGGUGCAUUCUUCGGAGGGAAUAUGAAUUUGGGGAUUGCGAUGGCGGCGGUGGAAGCUUCUGGAAUGUUCUCGGGGAGCCUGCAAUGUCAGGAGUUGGAGUUUCAGGGAGAGAAUGGUGGUGUCUAUAGCUCCGAGUCGGUUUACAGCUCUGGAGAACUGCAGGUAUUGAAUGAAAACCAGCAGCAGCUGGUAGUGAGCGGCUCCUGCAGUAGUACGGCUCCUUUUUCAACGGAAAUGUCGGCCUUUGAAGACUCCACCUUCAAGGUGGGACGCCUCUCCGUAGAAGAAAGGAAAGAGAAGAUCCACAGAUACUUGAAGAAGAGGAACGAACGAAACUUCAGCAAAAAGAUCAAGUAUGCAUGCAGGAAAACACUGGCUGACAGCCGGCCCCGUGUUAGGGGAAGAUUUGCAAAGAAUGAUGAAUUUGGAGAGGCGGUGAGACCAAGCUGUAGCCAUCACGAAGACGAUGACGAAGAAGAAGUAAGGGUGAAGGAAGAAGAAGAGAUGAUGGAUUCAUCAGACAUUUUUGCCCAUAUCAGUGGAGUGAAUUCCUUCAAGUGCAACUAUCCAAUCCAGUCUUGGAUGUGAAGCAAAAUUCAUGAAGACAUCGAGCUUGUGCAUUUGCUUGUUUUUGUUAAUCAAAGUGAUAAAUAACUCAGAACAGAGAGAAGACUGUUGUUCUUCUUUUAAGUUUAUAUGAUGGGUGAUGGUAUACAGCAGGAAUAGUAAAACAUAUUCUUUUGUAGAUUAUCUUGUUUGAAUGCCAAA